AUGAUUCCUGUCACCACCAUCUGCCUCUACCUUCUUAGUCGCCUCGAGCGCAUCGAACUCACCGGUCGCUGGCGCAUCAAGCUCAUUCCAGACAGUAUAUUUUAUCUCUUUGUGGCGCCCGAGGCAGAUGAGGUUGGUACUGUCGUCAUGUGUGUGUGUGUGUGUGUGUGUGUGUGUGUGUGUGUGUGUGUGUGUGUGUGUGUGUGUGUGUGUGUGUGUGUGUGUGUGUGUAUCUUGAUGAGCGAAAUUGAGGAGCAAUUGCUUCCAGAGGCAGAUCGCCGGACGCGCUUUGUGAAGCGACUGGUAGAGCGGAUCGUCGAAAGCAACGGCCUCCCAGCUGAGUUGGUGGAGAACACCUAUGUCAUGGUCGCGGACGAGCCCAAUGCAUUCUGCACCCCUGCCGGUACCAUCGUGGUCCACACUGGCUUGCUGGAUCUUUUGCGUAACCGCGAUGAGAAUUGCCAGGUAAAGGCGCUGGGCCAUUUGCUUGAGGCUUUCCACGUGGGAAGCGCGGUGGAGGUGAAUCUGGGCAAGCUGGCUGAUUAUUUGGGCUUAAAAUUGGCCGCCAAGGCGUGUGUCGACUUGUCACAUGCACGUGCGGUUUGGCUCAAGAUGGCUGCUGUUGAGGUGGCCACCCUUUAUCAAGACGAAAACGACGACGGUGGCGACAUUGUCAUAUCUGAAGAAGAGUUUGAGCGAUCCAUGGAGCUGCUUGAUCUGAGCAGCAAAGUUUCCACGCAUCCUUCUUGGCGAGUACGCCUGGCCAAUUACGAUCCGGAUGGACCCUGGAUGCAGAGAGAAUUGACCGAUUAUGCCGAUGGUAGCGCGCGUGUCAAGAUCGUGUGA